GCUCAGACGCCCAGACGGCGCGCCGCCAAAUAAAACAGUUUCCCAGUGUCUCAGUUUUCAAAGUUUUUCUAAACGCAAUCGAAAUCGCGAAAUAUUAAACAAUAAAUGUAGAAGAGUCAUUUUACAUGGGAUUAUUCUCCUAUUAAAAGUUUUAGUGAAAUAUACUUUUUGGAUUUAAAAAACUGCAAUUUCCUGCCAUAAAUUCCACAAAAAAUAAAAGUAAAAAAAAAAGGGAAAAAACGAAAACCAGACAAUGACGGGAGGAAUUAUGAAAUUUUAAAGAAAUCCCCAACAAAACAAAAAAAGAGAAAAACAGCCAACAAAAUAUGUUUAAUGCAUUGAAAUAAAGGAAACGUGUUUCAGGGCACCCAAAACGUUGUAUAUAUAAACCAGAUUUACAUUUCAACCAGAGAUACAUAUAUAUAUAGUAUAUAUAUAAAGUGUGGCAGCAGCCGCAAGCAGCAAAAAAAAAAAAACGCAGCCAAAAAACGUUCACAAAAAGGUGAUAAUGAUUAUUUCCAAGGAUCUUUUCAUAUUUGGCGAACAAAUUUUUGCAACAAUUAUACCAGAAGGUGGAGCCGCAGCAGUGGCAACACAGCAGCAGCAGGAACAGCAACAAAAUCUGCAACAGCAGCAGCAACAAAAGCAGCAGCAGCAGCAGCAACAUCUGCAACACCAGCAACAACAGCCGGCAAUUAUAACUACAACAACAACAGGAGUAGCAGCAGCCACUGCGGCAACUUCGUUGGUAAUAAACUCGACGGCAUCGCCAGCAGCAGCAGCAGCAACAGCAGCAACAGCAGCAGGAGCAGCUGAACAAGUUGUAGAAGAGUCAUUAAAAGCCGCAACAGCAACAGCAGCAGCAACACCAGCAGAUAAACAGGAAACAGUUGCAGUUGCUCCUCUAUCCCUGCCCCUGCCCCUGCCCCUGCCUCUGGCACUGCCACUGACACUGUCUCGACCGCUGACCAUCCGCAAGACGGGAAAAAUUUCAAAAAUUCCAAAGGAACCCGAAGAAUUGAAAGCCAAGAAGAAGGCAAAGUGUGAAGCAGCAACAGCAGCAGCCACACCAACGCCACCGGCAGCAGCAGCAGCAUCGGCGGCGGCGGCAACAUCAGCCACUAAUUACGAAAAAAUGCCAAUGAAUUUGAUGAUUGUGGAAAGUGUUGAGACAGUCGAUAUGGGAUCAUCGGACAAUGACAACGAGACAACGGAGCAGGUACCGUUGGUGAGUGCCAGUCGACGGAAUCUGGCCAAAAUCGUAGCCGAUUGUCGGCUCCAAAUCGAAAUAGAGCCAACAACAGCAGCAGCGCCACCAGCCGCCACAUCCACAACAUCCAAAGUUGCAACAGAUCUAGCAGAAGCGACAGCGACAGCGACAGCAAAAGAUAUAGCAGAAAAAACAACGUCUUCGUCGUCGUCGUCAUCGGCUUCUACAUCAUCUUCCAGCUCAACAUCCUCAGAAUUUACGCACACAUCACAAACGACAAUACCAAGUACGGAUAAUCUAACGUCAUCCAAUGGCCUGGCCAAUAUGGGCAAAAGCAUUUUAGUUGAUGCCAAAAGUGGCACGCCAGCAUCUUUGGCGUAUCCUUUCCUGAGUGGCCCGACACCGACUGCCCCAGCAGCCGGGGCGCCACAACAGCAGCCACCACAUCAGCCAGCAACCCCACCCACGCUACAGCUAACCUUUCAGAAUCUGAAUGUCUUGCACAACGAACGCAAAAUACUUUCCGAUGUGAGUGGAUUUGUCAGUCCCUGCGAGGUGCUAGCCGUGAUGGGGCCCUCGGGCAGCGGCAAGACCACGCUUCUGGACUGCCUCAGCGGACAGCGGCACAUUGACAGCGGCAGCGUCUUCCUCAACCGGGAGCCGCUCUCGAAGAAGUGGCGCCGCCGGAUCGGCUAUGUCCUGCAGGAGGAGAUCUUUUUCCCGCAGCUAACGCUCAGGGAGACGGUGGUGUACACAGCGCUGCUGCGUCUGCCCGAGUCCAUGCCGCGGGCGGAGAAGAUGCGACAAGUGGAUCACAUACUUGAGGCCCUGGAGUUGGGCUGCUGUCAGCAGACACGCUUCGGGGACUAUCUAAAUCGGGGUCUUUCCGGGGGCGAAAAGAAGCGGGCCAACAUAGCCUGCGAGCUGCUGACGAAUCCUUUGCUUAUGCUCUUGGAUGAGCCCACCUCUGGGCUGGACAGCCACUCGGCCAUUUCGCUGAUGAAGGUGCUCAAGAGGUACGCCCAGCUGGAGCAGAAGACGAUUGUGAUAAGCGUGCACCAGCCCUCGUCGCAGAUGUUCCAUAUGUUCGACAAGCUGCUACUGCUCCAUCAGGGCCGCACCGCCUACUUUGGGGACGUGCACAACAUUUACAGACAUUUUGAGGAUAUCGGUGUCACCAUCAAGCCGCACUACAAUCCCGCUGACUUUGUCUUGGAGCAAUUGAAGUCCCAUCCGGAUAUUCGCGAGAAGCUGUUCGUAGCCGCCAAGGAAUCUCAUGGCAACUAUUUGAACCGCAAUUGCAUCACCAGCAGCCACCAUCCGUGUGGAGAGUCCAAGGUCAAGAAGCAGACGGACAGCAUCCUAAUCGACGACAUAAUCAACAACUACUACAACCAGCAUCACCACAGCACGCAUCACCAUCUCCACCAGCCCCACCAUCACCAUCAUCAUCACCAUCACCAGUACGAAAACCUACAUCACACAAGCAGUGGCUGCCAGGUGGAGGAGGACGAAGAGGCAGCCCAACACUUGGUCUGGUGCGGUGCCGACUCGCAGUCAAACUUCAGUUCCUGUGCUUCCAGUGACUGCCACUCGUACAGUGCCGGCAGCGGCGGACCGAGCCAUACCGGUGAUGAGGAUUGGCUGUCGUAUCCCACAAGCUUUCACACUCAGUUCUGUGUCCUGUCUAGCCGCAACUUCAAGGAGGCCAAGCCCCGUAUGCUCUCCAAGCUCAAUUGGUUCCAGACAAUCGGUCUGGCUCUGAUGGCAGGCGCCAUUUGGUUCCAGCUGCCCCGCACCGAGGAGUUCCUGCACGACCUGCAAGGCUGGAUGUUCUUCUCGCAGACCUAUUGGAUGCUCUUUGCUCUGUUCGGUGCUCUUAAUUCAUUCCCCUCUGAGCGUGAGGUCAUUAGCAAGGAGCGUCGUUCGGGCGCCUACCGCCUGUCCGCCUAUUAUCUGGCCAAGAUGUGUGCCGAACUGCCCCUGGUGGUCACGCUGCCCACUGUCUACCUCAUGAUAAGCUAUCCCAUGCUGGGCUGCACAAGCCUAAAACUGUUCUUCCUGAUGCUCAUCUUCCUGCUCAUCAAUACCAUUGUGGCGCAGAGCGUGGGCUUCUUUAUAGGGGCCUGCUGUAUGGACAUGAAUGUGAGCAUCACGCUCAGUGCCCUAUACACGCUGGCCACCCAGCUCUUUGGCGGCUAUCUGUCGUCACGCAUUCCGGAGGGCCUGAGCUGGAUACGCUACACGUCCAUGAUCCACUACGCCUAUCAGAAUAUGCAGAUACUGGAGUUUCGCGAGGGUCCGGCUGUUAGGUGCGGCUCGCCUAGUAGCUAUGAGAUAUGCAAACAGCAGACAACCGAAUUCAUUCCAUAUGAGGAAAUACUCAAAGCACAAAAUUCGACAUCACCGCUCUGGCUGAACACGCUCAUCCUAAUGAUGUUCUUUCUGGUGUUCCGCUGCCUGGGCUACGCGGUGCUGCGCUACUUGCGAUGCCCCAAAAAGACGUGAUAUCCACACGAAGGACUUCCCCCAAAAACGUAUACAUAUCUAUCCGAGAGCACGAGGAACGAGGACUAUACCAGUGAUACAUACGUCAAAUGCUAGACCAUUUAGCUCGGAACAAAUUUUGCUAAAGUGCGCCAAUUUUGUGAUUCAGUUUACUUUUCAAGCCACACACACACACACCAUUUAUUAUUACCCACUAUUAUUAUUAGCCCCAACUAUUACUAUUACUAUUAUCAUUGUAGUGUCUAGGAUAUCUAGGAGAAGUGUUGGCCGCGGGAGAGGUCGAGAUCUGUAAACGGAAAUCUUUGUUUUGUUUUAUGCAUUUUAAUUGUUAGCCGUUUAAAUUAUUAUUCGCUAUGUUUUUUGCUGCAGAAUCAAGAGAGAGAGAGAGAGAGAUGAGUGGAAAGAGUAUGUUUUAAUGCACGUUUUAAAGUAACCCCCCCGCCCCACGCCACCGUAUGUCUGGCCAAUUUUCCACAAAAAAAACACACACACAUACGAGUAUAUGUAAAUCUAUAUAAAUUGUUAAUUUAAUAUGAAAAAAACCGCUAGUAAUUUUGUAGAAUUUUUGCAAAUUUUUUUCGUUUGGGAAAAAACACUGUGAUUUAGUCUGCUAGUUUUUUAAUUAGUUUUAAAUUGAAUGCUGCCAAGCAAAAUUGAAUGUGUCAGAGGCACAUAUUAGAAAUGGAAAAAUGAAAAAGCAACAACAAAAAAAAACACAACCUAAUCGCAUAUUCAACCAAUUGUAUGAAAUUAUGGUAUAAAUUGUAUUUUGUUUAUAUUAACUAAUUAUAUGUAAUUAAAUUUAUUUAAAUAUACACAUACUGUACAUGCAAAUGUAAGCAGAAA